CGAGCGCUGGGUGACCACGGGCUCCGUUGGGAUACAGGCGCUGAUAGCCACCGAACGCGUACGAUUUCCGUUGACUUUGCUUUUGGGUAUCCAGAAUCCAGGAAAAUGUAUUGCCAGGUACGGAGCUGGCACACGGUGGUGCUGUUGCUGUUGGGUGGUUCGAUGUCACUGCCGGUCGUGUUAAGUAACAAGCAUGUCGACAUUUUCGAGCAAUUCGGACAGCAAAACGCCACGGUCACUGAUGCAUCGACGAAAGGCGACGCCGAGAACCUGCCAACGCCAUCCCCGAACAGCUGCGUUGAAGACGUUCUCCCCAGUGAGCCAGUGGAGCUGAACGAAAAGCUGGAGAAGGAACUGGAGCCACCGAGCGAGCCACCGCAGCAGCAGGACAUCGCUCCACCGAAUGUGGCCCAAAUGUUGGAAGGCGCUUCGCCCGGGUUCUCUCCGAAUAUCGUGGCGAUGGUGCAGAAGGUCCGGAAGGUACUGACGGCCAUCAAGGACAAGCUGCAGGCAUAUGCCAAGGGUUUGGUGGCAAAGUUCGAGCACCAGCGUCACCAGGCGAUGGGCCGCGUGAAGCAAAAAAUGGACGCACUGAACGCGAAGAUAAAGAGCCGCUUCGAGAACGAGUUCGUCGAGUACAAGGAUGUGUGUCUGCCGGACCAGAACAAGUGUAUGAAGCAGUUGCAGCAGGACGUUGAGCGGUACGAGGAGCAGAUGCGUACGAAUGUGGACCAGUGCAACGACCAGCUGGCCGAGGAGCUGGCCAAGCAGCGGCAGUCGGUCAACGACGCACAGCAGUUGAUGGAUGAACCGAAUCGGAAGAUUGAAGGCUGCCUGGACACCGAUGCCGGAGUGGGACGCAGCUUCAUCGGGUGCGCGGCCAGUUUGACGUCGAACCUGGCCAAGGUGGCGACCAAAACGCAGGAACGGUUCACCGCGCAGAUGCGCAAACUGACCGAUCAGCUGGCCCAGCGAGUGGACAAGCACGACAAGUGUGUGGUGAAGCGUCACCAGCUCCUGAACCGGAGUGAGCGCGAGCUGACCGACUCGGCCAAAAAGUGCUUGCGCAAGCAACAACAACAAACGCAGCCAGAAAGUUUCUUCUGAUUUGUUUCGCUUCAUCGGGUUGCAACCCCAUCAAUCUUACAAUAGACGUUAUUCGACACCGGUGUGGCGGGACGUGCUAAGAAUUGUACUCAAUCUCAGGAACAUCGUUGCCACGCUUUCUCCGGAAAACUGAUCAGUUGUGAUACGAAUCGUUCCUACCAUCGCUUGCUGUCCACCCCGGAUGCUUUCUAACCUUUUGUUGAUCCAACAUAAACCAA